GCCCCUCGCUGGGGAGAGAAGUCAGCGGCAAGGAGCACUCACUCACUGACACCAGCGAGCCAGCCAGCCGGCCGGUCAUUUAAUCAGUCCGUCAAGUCAAUGCUCUUCACUCUGGAAGUGUACACUUACAGCCGAGUGUCGCCUGGCUCAAAAAGAUGCACGCGCGUGUAAAUGUGUUACGUAAAUAAAAGCCACUGUUAAAAAAAACUACUACCGGCGAUGCCAAAUGAGUGAGUGGGGAGUUUUGGACAGUACCCUAUGACAGACAUGGUGGCACAGGAUUACCACUUGGAGUUCAUCUCUCCGGAGAAGAGCCACGGCCAGCCACAGAAGAAGAGCCUCAUGGCGCUGCCUGCGAAUGAACCGGAGGAACCCAGGAAAAAGCGCGUUCGACCCUUGUCCCGCGUGGCUUCCCUGGUCAGCCUGAUCUCGCCCGUCAAAUCCACCUCCAUCAAGCGCCUUGGGCAGACCCUGCAGCGCUCCAUCAGCCUGCGCCCAGAAAGCGGUCCCCUGGUUCCGCCAUCGCCACCAUCGUCUCCGCCGUCACGAUCGCCCACUCUCUUUGACGGCGCCUGGAGAGCGGUGCGGUUGGGUGGUGGCUGUGGAGGAGGAGGAGUGGCAGCCACGCCGGGUCCUCACCCUCCGUCGUCGCACAGCAGCUCCUCGCUCAAGCGACGUGACAGCAAGCUGUGGAGCGAGAUGUACGACACCGGCACCACGGAGCGUCUCUCCCGCGCCGAGAUCAAGCGGCAGGAGGCAAUUUUUGAGUUGGCCCAAGGUGAACAGGACCUCAUCGAAGACUUGACCUUGGCCAAAAAGGUUUACCACGACCCCAUGCUCACGCUCGCGAUAAUGUCCGCCAAGGAGCUGGAGAAAAUCUUUGGGAUGCUGGAGACCUUCAUCCCUCUGCACGCCGACCUUCUGGCCAAGCUGAAGACGGCGCGGAAGGACGACGGGACCACGGACAGAGUGGGGCACAUCUUGGCAGCCUGGCUCCCAUGCCUCACCGCUUACUCGCGCUACUGCAGCAACCAGGUGGCGGCCCGCCUGCUGCUGGAGCGCAAGCGGGGUGAGGCGCGUGUCCACGACUUCCUGCAGCGCUGCCUCGAGUCGCCCUUCUCACGCCGCCUCGACCUCUGGAGCUUCCUGGACGCGCCGCGCUCGCGCCUCGUCAAGUACCCGCUGCUGCUGCGCGGGAUCCUGCGCCACACACCCAACGACCACGCCGACCGCCAGCUGCUGGAGGAGGCGAUCAGCACGGCGGCCGGGAUCGUGCGCGACGUCAACUCUCGCACCGGCGAAUCCGAGUGCCGCUACUUCUGGAACCGCCUCGACUGGAGCGACGUCCCGGCCGGCGACGGCGCCACCGCCGUCGCGGCGCCGCGGCUCCUGUCGUGCCACGGCGAGCUGAGAACGGCACGCGGCGCGCGCGUCUACGUGUUCCUGUUUGAGCGAGCCCUGGUGGUCACGCGCCCGCUGGGGGGAGGCGGCGGAGGAGGCGGCGGCGGCGCCUCUGACGGAGGGGGCCCGCGGUACCGCACGCGCGGACGCCCCAUCCCCGUGAGCGAGCUGGCACUGUGGGACCUCACCGACGGCGACGUCAUCACAGUGGGGGGCUCCUUCCGGGGGGCCUUCCGUGGCGGACAAAGAGCGAUGAACAUGUUCCGCGUAGGUCACACCGACCCGUCGCGGGGUCAGAGCAUCACGCUCAAGGCCAACGACGCCUUCGGCAAACAGCGCUGGCUCGGCUGCAUCCGCGCGGCCGUCGAGACCGCAGCGCGGGCGCACGCGAGCCCGCGUGCCAACGGAGCCGGCUCCGGCUGGUGCGCGGAGACGGAGGCGCGCUGCCCUCCCGCCCCUUCGUUCGGCGACCUCGGCGUCCGCCCUGAAUCGUCGGAGGCGCCAAAUUCGGCGGCACGCAGAGAAGGCGAUGUGGCGUCGAGUCAUCCGGCGACGUUGUCGACGGUGGCGGCGGCGAUGAGUGAGCCGGCCGCCGGCGACGCCGCCGAUUUCCCCACGGAUUCGUGCUCAAGCGCUGAGGACGACGUUUCUGCGGGCGACGCGAUGGCGAGAGACGGGAUCGAUGCGCCGCCCGUGGGAUCGUCUGACGCGACUCCGACGAGCGAUGCUACGACGUCAUCUCGUCGUUUGGACGCGGCACACCGCUCGGCACAGCAAUGCCUGGAACCUCAAGGCACGAGCGAGACUGCCCUCCGCGCCGCAGAGCCGCCCAGGACUAAAGACGUUUCCCCCGAGACCCUGGAAGGAUCUGAGCUCUUCGGUGACACACCACAAAAGGACAUCGUCGCUGUGUUAGAGACAACACUGCCUGCGGACGUGCAAGCCUCCGAGCAGGUGCCUACUGCGGCAGCUACAAAUACUCAAGCUCUGGAAACGACGACGUCAGAAGCAGUCGGAGAUCUGCACGCGGGCAUACGGCCGACCUUGCUAAGUUUGAACUCCGGCGGAAGUUCGGCCAUGGGGUCCUAUGAGGCCACGUUAACGGCGGUUCCCGGCCCUCUGCGGUCCGGUGAGCGUAACAUGAACUCCAUAGCGAACAUCUUCUGUGAAAAGGACCCAGAGCAGAAACACCUCCGCAGCAUGCUAGAGGAGCAAACAACGAAACUCUGAAUUAACGUUUCAGGGCGGUUUUUUUUUGAGAAGCGAAACGACAAACCUCGCAGGCCAUCGCCGUGUGGUGGCGUGGCGAUUUGACCUCCGCUGAUGCGCGGGUGCGUGAGCUUUACGUGCAGUAUUGCAGUUAAUGCCUUGACAGUUGACAGGUGUUUUAAGUCAACGACUGAAUGUGGGAUUUUUUUUUUCAGCAGCACGACUUAGGCCCAAAAUCUUUCGUUUUUUGGUCGACCGUGAUUUGUAAGAUGUUGCCUUGUUGCCUAAAGUAAAAUGUAAAAAAAUGGUAUUCGUACGUCGAAGGCUGAUUGGCUGACUGCCAAUUAAUGAAGCUGAUUGGCUGGCCGUCUCAUGAAGCCUGCCUCUUUACUCUUGAUGGCUGAAUUGGCCAGCUGCUGCGCGAUGAACUGUGAUUGGCUGGCGGUCAUAUGACGCCCGAUUGGCUGGUGCUCACAAGCUGAAGGCCAAUUGGCUGGCUGAGAUCCACUGAAGUCUCAUUGUUGAAUGUGUCAAUUUCAUGAUUCAUGAAAUAUUUCACGUGUAACCACAACAGAAUGAAAGCAAACUGGCACACUUGUGUUCUCAACCACGAACACAAGAAUCACAACACCUAGUUGCAUGACGCUGUGCAGAUUUAGCACAUGUAUUUGUUACCCCAGUACGCACAGUACUGUAUUAACAUGAUUCGCCCUGGCCUCUGAACCGUUAUUUUAAAACGAUGACAACGUUAUUUUAAUCCCGGCUGGGGAGGAUGUGAGCUUGUCAAAAUAGAAUCCCAUCGGAGCGCUUCCCCCCGUUAGGAAGUCCUGCGAUGAUUUGCGCGCACGAGGGCCAAUGCCCACGAAUGCACAAUGCGAAGCAGGAUUGAUUUUUGUUGUUUGCAGGAAGUAUAGCUGCAGGACUUGCGACAUCUCUUCCUGUGCACGGGCCCCACUUGGGAGUUGCUGCCACCAUACACACCUUCGCAACGUUGCAAAUCCUAUUAGCGGUCGUUUGAUUUCCUACUCUGCUCUCCAGACUCUUUUUACAUAUCGUUCCUCGUGUGCUUCAAUCGGGGUUCCUCAAAUGCAUGUUCGAGCGGGCCAUGCAAUUAGCGUGCGCUGGCAGGGCAUGUGAUGUAUAAUGUCAUGCGUACCAGACGUUCCAUCACAUGAUGCUGACAUGGUGUUGUGAAAUCAUAACGGCUCUGCGUGUGGCCACUAAUGUGUAGCUCAUGCCUACAACUCUCUCAUCUCUUGUUUAACUCUCAACUCCAAUGUCUCGAGCGACUGGGCCUUUUCACUGACCUAUUAUUGUUUAAAGGUGCAGCCCUGGAAUUGCUUGUCCAUGCCACUGCUGUUGGAAGGGGCCUAUAUUGCAGGGAGCUCUGGAGAACCCCUUUAAAGGAUAUUUUUGCCUACCAGACGUCUUGGAAAUGAGUACCACACAUUUUUUUUCCACCACACGUGACCUAAAGAUAACGAACUGUGCCGUACCCAUUUCAUUUGUACUGCUAUAUCGACAGAGGCAGGGAGAAACCUGAGCAACUUACUGAGCAACUUGCCCUUUGUUUUAGCUGCCAUGCCACGAGAUCGAACCGACAAACUCUACAUUGGUAAAUCCAGUGCGCUGAACAUUACACCGUGGCAGCAUUCCGGCGCACUAAAGCACUGUAUAAGCGUGUCUGUUCUACAUAGACAAAGUACUUGCUACCUACAAUAGCAUGGUCUGUUACCUGGGAUGUCAGUAGCCUGCUGCUCAAUAAUCUCAGCCGGGGCUUAAUUUCUCACUGAAGGAUUGCAUGCGACUACUGUAGUGGUAGCCACAGCCAUAGCGAGAGGUGGUGUGUCGGGUGCGGAAACAUAUAUUCCGGACCUCAGAGCUGGACAGCCCUGGCUGAAAUUAAACCUCGGUACCAACAGGGUGGUUCCUACUACCGUGUGGUACCAGACGGUUGGACUUCGAAGUGAUCUGUAGCCAGGAUGGGUAAGGCAUGGCAGAGUUUGCGCGUACGUAAAGUGUUGUUGCGUUGGUUCGUUUCGACGACUGCGUUUGUAUGUUGUGCAGAUAAAUGAAAAUAAAUUAAAUGUGAAACGA